AUGCCCAUGUUUUACGUGUCGUCCCCUCACCUGUGUGCGCUCGCCGGCAUCGCCGCCGUGUCCGCACUGCUCUUCAAGCUGGUCAUCUAUCCUACCAUCUUCUCACCAUUGUCCAAGAUACCAGCGGCUCACCCACUUGCCUCUGUGACUUCUCUGUGGAUCCAGUGGCAGCGAUUCCGGGACCGAGAGUUCCAAUGUAUCUCGGCCGCCUUCGCCCGCAAAGGGCCUUAUGUUCGCCUUGGUCCGAACGAAAUAGCCAUCAACUCGAUGGAAGGUGUGCUCAGCGUGUACGGCGUGGGGAGCAACAAUUUCGACAAGCACCAGUCGUACGAGUACUUCAUCACUCACGGGAGCCGCAACAUGUUUUCAUCCCUCGGUAAGGAUCACGGGUUCCGCAGGCGCCGCAUAUCCGCCGUCUAUGCGCGGUCCUUUGUGCAGUCGUCUCCCCAUGUCCACGCAAUCUUGGAUGCUGUUGUGCUCCAGCGGUUGCUCCCCUUGCUAUUCCAAGCAGCCGCGACCGAGCAAGGCAGCGUCGACAUUCUCCCCGUCCUCCAGUCCUAUGCGCUGGACUUCAUGUCCUCCUUCAUGUUUGGGCUGUCCCGGGGGACCAACUUCCUCCAGGACGAGUGCGCCCGGCGGCAUUGGUUCGAUCUGUAUAUCCGCAGUUAUCCGGCCGGGAGCAUGUUCUGGUUGCUGGAGCAGCCGUUCCUAACGAGGCUGCUCUGCGCAGUUGGCGUCCCCUUGCUUCCAGAGGGCCAUUUCGAGGCCAAACAAGAGUUUGAGGCAUGGGCCCUGGACAAGGUGAAGGAAUCGGAGAAAACUCUAGCCAAGAGCGAAGAAGCCGGUAUCCCCCUCUCGUACGGCGAGUUUCCUAUUCUUUACAGUGCGGUGAGGUCAGGUAUUGCGAAAGAUUCGGGAAUUGAUGCAGGCUUCACACCCGACUCAAGUCAGCAGCUCGAGUUAGCAAGCGAAUGUUUUGACCAUCUAGUUGCUACAAGAGACACCUUCGGCACCAGCUUCACCUACGUCCUCUACGAAAUCUCCCGCCACCAAGACGCCCAAGCCGACCUCCGCGCAGAGCUCCUCUCACUCCCCACCCCAUUCCCCUCCUCCUCCCCCGCCACCACCCCCUCACUGCCCCCACCAACGGCCCUAGAGAACCUCCCCCUCCUAAACGCCGUCAUCAAGGAGGGCCUCCGCCUCCGGAACAACACCCCCGGCCUGGACCCGCGCGUGACCCCGAUGGGGACGACCCGCCGCGAGUCCAGCAGCGUCGGCCCGUGGGGCGGCCUGCCGCCCGGCGUCCGCGUCGGCGCGUAUUCGCGGUGCCUCCAUCGCGACGGCGACGCGUUCCCGGAUCCGGAGGCGUGGAACCCUGGCCGCUGGCUGGACGGCGGCGGCGGGGCCAAGGCGUCGGCGGCGGCGGCGGCGGCGGCGGCCCGGGACCGUGGCUUCUUCGCCUUCAGCGGCGGUAGCAGGGGGUGUGUGGGCCGGCAAGUCGCGAUGGAGUUGAUGCGGUUUGCUGUCGCCGCCAUAUACACGAAUUUCAAGACUGCAGUCGCGGACGAGAGCGAGUACCCUGGGACUGACGGGUUCCUUCCUUCCGUCAAGUCGGAGGCCGAGGAAGUGGCGAGGGACCUCGGCGCCUUCGACGCGUGA